CGCUCAUAUCCGGUUAUUGCCGACAAUAUGGCAGCGCCCUUAUCGCUACACUUGGAGUUUGGAGGGGGAGCUGAGCUUCUUUUUAACAGCGAAAAGAAACAUCAGGUGUCCCUCCCAGGCCAGGCAGGACCAUGGGACAUAAGGCAGCUGCUGGUCUGGAUCCAACAGAACCUGCUGAAGGAGCGCCCUGAACUCUUUAUCCAAGGAGACACCGUGAGACCUGGGAUCCUGGUGCUUAUCAAUGAUGCAGACUGGGAGCUGAUGGGGCAGCUGGAUUACCAACUGCAGGACGGAGACACGGUCGUGUUUAUAUCCACUCUCCACGGAGGCUAGAAUGUGAGCGAUGACGUUUCUGUAAGGGCUGCUCCAGGUUGCGGCGUCUUCACCUCCACGCACCAACGUCGACGGUCACGUGUCGACCUGCAGCGUGAUGGCUGAAGUGGUGGGGUGUCAGACGGCAGAUGAAUGAUGGGAAAUUCAGGGACGAAUGAUGGACAGAAUAGCGUCGUUGAGAUGGUUCGUGGACAUUUGUGUAUGUCUUUUUCUUUUUUCUAUUUUUUUAUGGGUAAAAAUUGGACAACAGAUUGUGAUGUACUGUAAAUGAUGACAGAGUGUGUGUGUGUGAGUGUGUGUAAACCCUCAAAUAAACUCUCUUCCAUCAUAUCUCUGCUUCUUACUAUUGCACUACACAGCCUAUACACUUGUGUGAAUAUUAAAGAGUACAUGGUGUUGAGUCCA